AUGCAACAACGCUGGGUCUCUAUCAAUCCAGUCGCUCCAGCCUCAGUCCCGCCCAGGUCCACCAGGAAAAUCAGCUACCUCUCCAACGAGUUUAUCGUUGGGCUUGUUGAGGAUCCUCCCGGCACUCCACUGGGUGUGCCAGAGCCACCCAAGUGGAAAACACGAGCCGAGUUCAAGGACUGGCUGCAUGGUUGUGACGCUGCCAAGGGCGAUGAAGAAGACUUGGAGGAAAGUGCGGAGGACACGUCCGAAGACGAAGAGGACUGGGCUAUCGCUGCAGGAGGUUCCACGAUCACCAGAGUGGACUCGGCGACCGCUGUCAAUGACCUAGCGAACGAAACUAAGAGUCGCGCGAACUCUGAGGAGCAAAUGCUUUUGGAGUUCCUCUCACUGUCUAUCUCCCCAUGA